AGCAGCAAGUGAACGCAGCUGCGUAAAAAAGCAAUAUGGUGACUAACGAAUUAAUCAACUGUUGAGGAUAAUCAAGAAUACAAAUGUUUAAUAAUAUUACCAACUUUUGGAAUGGGUGGUGGUGAAGUUGAGUGAUGAACUUGACGUGAUUAAAAGCCUUUUGAAGGCUGAAGAGAGAAAACCAUGUGCGAUGUGUGUGUUGACUUUCACGACCUUCUGCUCUCCUACGAUGAAAGAUCAUCAAAAGAACAAGAUGGACUGGCUACUCUUUAUAUUUCGGAUGUGGAUACGACAUUGCAUUAUGUUAAUCAAUGGGUACAAAGGCAAUGUAUGUGCUGUUAUCGAGAAAUAAAAAAUUUUGAUCGUUUUAUACGAUUAACACAAAGUGUUGUGUUAUGCACAUUACAACAAUUGCAAAUUAUACAACAUAAUGGACAAGAAACAGAUGUUGAAAAAUCAUCGACUAAAGAUGAAAAAGAAGAAGAAGAAAAAACUGAUGAGGGAAAGGCAGAGGAUUCAGAUUUUGCACAAACAGAAACAAAACAAAGUUGGUCGCAACAAGAUAGAGAAAAAUUAUUCCAUCUACUCUCAAAGAUAUUUUUAUUAAAUUUUCCUCUUUAUAUUGCAAUGAAACAUGGUGGUGCAAUUAAUCCUUUAGCUCCAAUAAAAGAUGAAGGUGGAUAUUGUGAGCCUCAUGAUCCAGAGGUACCAGCACCCUUAAUACGAGCUGUCUCUAUAUUUUGCCAUCAAGGUGGCUUUAAUCUAAUGUCAGCUUGUUUUGAUAUGGAAACUACAUUACCAGUUAGUCUUGCACAUUCUAUGGUUGCAGUAAUUUGUAAUUUGAAACUUUGGUUGAAUUAUGGUAGCGUUAUUCAGCUCUUUAUACCGUUACGCAGCCGAGUUAUGAAAUAUAUGUGUCGUUUAGGAGACAAAGAAUUACGCACACCUGCAGUUAGAACAAUGGCUGAUUUCAUGUGGAGUGCUGUAAAAGAUCCCAUUGACGCAGUCUUACCAAGUUUUGAUCGAGAUGGAUUGGAUCUAGCGUUUAAAUACUUUACUAGUACAACUUUAACCAUGAGAUUAGCUGGAAUAGCUCAGAUAAAUGCUCAUAUCACAGCAUUCAAUGAACUUUGUAACAGUGAAACUAUUGCUGAAGUGGAACAAGUGGGCCAUGCAUUGGCAGCUUGGUUGACAGAAAACAAUAUAAUAGCUCACAUAUUUGGACCAAAUUUGCAUGUAGAAGUUAUUAAACAAAGUCACAUUGUAUUAAGUUUUUUGGCUAUGGAGGGUAGAAUAGCAUUAUCAGAUAUGGAUACCAUGUGGCAAGCUGCACAAUUAAAACACUGUGGACGUCCAGUAUAUGAUUUGUUAGCACCCUUAGUGAAACAUUUGGCUCCAACUCCAGUUCUACAUUUGUAUUCUUUGUUAGGAAAACUAGAACCAAAGGACCACACAGAACAAAGUUUAUUUCUGGCAUCUGCUUUGAUUAAAUUUAUUUGGACAGCAGGUGGUUCAGGUUAUCCAAGAGGUUUAACUAUAAAAAAUAGAGAAAUUUUAAGAGUAAAUAGCGGUGUUGGUGGUAGUAGUACUAGUGAUCCCAGUGGUAUGGAUGGAAGCAGUCCAGACGAAGAUGAAGAACCAAGUCCUGCUCCAUCUGAAGGACCUUCACCAAGGAAACAAGCAAGAGGUGAUAGCAGUGAUGGAGAAGGUCCUUUCAAAGCAAAAAAUAUAGGCACAGCAGUUGUACAGACAAGCUUAAAUGAAGCUGAAGGUUCUGCAUUAGAAAAGUCUGAGUGUAAUGUGGAGUCCAUGAAAGAUUCUGUGUGCAAUACACAAGAUGAUAUGAAAGGAAAACAGAGUGGAUCGGAUGCGGAGGCAGACACAGAAAAAUCGAACGCAGAAGAAACAGUUGCCAUUGAAAAGAAAAAGAGGAAAGUGUUAAGAAAAAGGAAGAAGCCACAAAAACGUUCUUUAGUUACUAUGGAUAAAACAUUUGAAGAUAUUGUUAAUCAAGAAAAUGGCAUGAAAACUAAAGAUUUAAUGAUCGAUAUAAAAAGUAGAACUGAGGACAGCUUAAAUAGUUCUUUAGACACAAGUGGACUAGUUUCUUUCGAUGAUCCGAAAAGCGUUGACGCAUUGGAUCGCGUGAAGCAACAAGCAAUGGGAUUAGAUCCAAGUGAUCAACAAGUUCCAACGACGGCAGCAUUAUUGAGAAGAGCGAAUAAAAAUAAAUACAUGUCGUUAGUAGGCCAUAACGUAGACCGGGCUCCAGAUUCUGCAGACACUUCACACGAUGAAGAUGAUAGUGAUGUAGCUGGAGUUCUUGCUGCGGCAGAUGGUCCUAGCGCUGUUAUAUCUGAACUUGCAGGUUUGGUACAUGCGACUGGACCAACGUUUUUGCCUUCCGGUCUGGAUGAAAUGUUAUCAGACGAAGAAGGAUCUUAUAGUAGUAGAAUAUCAAAUAAAAGUGAAAAAAAUAUGGCAGACUUCGAUGGAGAAGAAAGUGGUUGCGAAGAAGAAUUAACACAACUUGCGGCACGUCAUUUAACAGCUAUACAAAUGCAAGCUUAUCAUCCACAUCAUUCUCAUUCAACGAUGACGAUUAGACGAUCUGUUUGUCGUCCUCCACAAGUAAGAAGUGUUCGUCAGACUGUUACACGCGUUAGUUCUCAAUUUAACUUGGAUAAUGUAUGCAAAUCUGGAAAUACAUUAUUAUGGGAUCUUUUACAAGAUGACAAAAUUGGUCAACUAGGGGAAGGUUUAGCUUUAGAAGCUGAGAAGGCAUUAUGCAAUCUUCUUUGCUUUAACGUUGACCGACUUAUACCUAUGAAAUUCAUAGAAGGUUGUUUAGAAAAUCUAGCAACUAACCGUUCAGUAGUUGUGUCUCUAAGGUUAUUACCCAAAUUACUUGCAAGUUUCCAACAAUUUGGCGCAAUGGAUGCGCAUACAAUAACGACAUGGGCAGAUCGUGAACGUGGAAUGAUGAAACACUUUUUCAACAAUCUAAAAACGUACACCAGCACGGGGCCAAAAAACAGUCUGUAUUCUCAUCAAACAGAAAUACAAGUAAGAUUACAAUUUCUGUCUUCAAUCUUUUCGCCUUUGGGUUCACCUGACUGUUUUCGAUUAAGUCUUGAACAAGUUGACAUACUGUGGCAAUGUUUAUCCCAAGACCCAACAUGUGCCGAUGAACUCUUCAGUUGGUUACUCAGUCAAGCAAAGUCAACAGAACAACAUGCCCUUGGAAUGGAUACACUUAAACAUCUAUGUAUGCGUAAACUACCAAGUUUACCACCUGAAACUAUUAGCAUGAUGGGUCUUAGUCUUUUUCAGCAAUUAUGUAAUUUGGCUCGUUUGGCUGCUGCACACUUAGAUAGACCUCUAAGGGACGUAGAUUCGGUUGGCAUGGAUUUCUUGUGGAGAAUAGCAUUGAAAGCUAAAAGUACAGAUGUCAGUAUGGCGGCUAUACAAUAUUUAAAUGGUUACUAUAUGUCCAGGCAAUUAACGCAAGAAGCAGAGUUUGUUUCACAGUGUAUGACUCAUCUUGCGGCAGCUAGUGCUGACUUAGAUACAAAUGAAGAAGCUAGUUUACGUUGCAUACAACGAGCUUUGUUGUUGUUGAGGACACACUUAGAAGCUUUUCGGAAACGGUACGCCUAUCAUUUACGUCGUUGGGUAUUAGAAGGUAGAGGAGCUGGUAGUCAUGUAGCCAUGAACACUUCCGAGAAGGGCCAGCAGCUGAGGAUAUUCGUACAACCAGCUGGAAUUCCGGAAAAAACAAGCUUUACACUUUUCAGUACUGAUUAUGUUGCUGAUCUAAGAGCAGAAGUUGCUAAGUGGUGGGAUGAUACGCAAAACACUCAAGAAAAGUCAUCAUCUUCUACAAACACAAAUCAAAGUAAUGGAUCAGUGUUAGGAUCUUUACUUACUGAUGGGCCAAUUAGAAUGAUCACACAGGGUCAGGAAUUAACAAUUGAUUUUGACGAGAAAACAUUACAGGAAAUGGGUUUUAAAGAUGGUCAAUUAGUGUUCAUUUCUCCUGGUGCUGGUCGAAGUAACGGUACAGGUAGAUGCAAUAAACGAGACAUGGAUUCACCGUCUCUUUUACCACCUCCUCCUCGAGAGUCUUUACCAACAUUAUUACUCCUACGACCACAAUAUUUUGAACAAUUAUUCACACUGAUGAGAACUUUGAGUGCUAUGAAAACUGUAGUUAAAGGUGGACAGGAAAUUCCUCAUACAAAAGCUCAAGUACUUUCAAGAAGAGUUUGGGAUACAUUGACUUUAUUACCAACCAGUCCUACUUUAUUGAGAGGUUUUCAGAAGUUAGGAGAAACUACUCUACCGGAAUUGCUUGAUCCUGCUAGUCCCCAGAAGUUGAUGUACUCUUUAUAUAUAGUAGAGUCUUUAAGUAGACGCAGUACAACAAGUCAGCCUUCUGUCGUGAAUUCCUCAUCUUCUGCAGCUACCCAUGAGGGAGGUGGUGAUGCAGAUGAUAAUCAGGAAGACAAAGAAAAAGAUGUUGUUUGGUCUACUUUGUUUGUUCAACAUGGUGGUUUGCGACAUUUGUUCGAUAUUUUCAUGUCAGGGUGUUUGGAACAGGGAGAUGGUAGCGAGUGGCAACAGGAUUGUCUCGCUAGUUUACUAAAACAAUUAUGUCAUUUGGGCGUUGUUAAGGAAGAAAAGAAAAGAAGUAAAGCUGAUAAAUUACUCGUACCUAAAUUAAGUGAAGCAAUGCUUUCUAUGAUGAAUGUGGAUGCUGUUAUGGCUCGAAUAACGAGUAUAUUAAAUGAAGCAUCUUUGCCUAGAGAUCCAAAUCACUAUAAAACAGGUCUCUUCGGUAGAUCCCAAGUUAUACAUUAUACAAUGGCUUUAUUAGUUUGUUGGGUACACAGUGAUGAUACAGUUAGACAAUAUCUUUUUUCAUCAGGCGAACCUUUCGGAAAAACGUGGUUACGAAGAUUAGUUUUGGAAGAUCCUGAACCAGCCGUCAGAAGAGAAGUUUGUACAGCAUUAUAUAGAUUAUGCUUAGGUAAUACAGGUUCUGAGGAUGACAAUUCAGAUAUUGCAAGCUUGAUUGUACCAAUGUUGAAUACAUUAUUAGAACAUCUUGUGAUAGCAGAAGCAAUGCAACCUUCCCACAGGAAACCAGACUUACCGUUACACUUGCAUCCAGUAUUGGAUGAUGGAAAAGAACCAUAUGGCCCUGCUUGCAGGGACUAUUUUUGGCUAGUUUGUCGAUUAGUCGAUUCUUUACCAGAAGAAGCAAUCAAAGAAGGAACAGACGAUUCUAAUUCAACAAUAGAUCUGGAAGCACUAGCAAUAAGAGUGAUCGACUCUGUCUUAAAUAGAGAACAUCUUGAAACUCGUCAUAAUACUAUAGAAGAUGAUGGUUUAGUAGGGUUAUUAAAUCUUACUUGUAACAUAAUGACGCAUAAUCCAUCCUGUAAACAAGGAAAAAUUGGACAAAACUUAUUGCAUGAAGUGUUCGAUUUUCUGUUCGCAUUGCCAAAUCCGCGAUCAAAACAUGUUCCCAAGUGUAAAAGUCAAGUUUCCAGGUCAGCAGCAUUUGACCUACUAGUUGAACUUGUAAAAUCGGCACCCGAUAAUUAUAGAAUCCUUCAUGAAAAACUAUUAGCUCAGCAUAAACCUGGUCCUCAUUCUCCAUACCCAUGGGACUAUUGGCCACACGAAGACGGGCGUUCUGAUUGUGGAUACGUAGGUUUAACCAACUUAGGUGCAACUUGCUACAUGGCUAGCUGCAUGCAACAUCUGUAUAUGAUGCCGCAAGCACGUGUCUCCAUAUUGGGCGCCGAUUGUAAUAGAGCAAAUAAGCAUCAACUCACAUUAAGGGAACUACAGAGAAUGUUUGCUUAUCUUUUAGAAUCUGAGAGAAAAGCAUACAAUCCUCGAAGUUUCUGUAGAGUGUAUACAAUGAAUCAUGAGCCACUUAAUACUGGUGAACAAAAGGAUAUGGCUGAAUUCUUUAUAGACCUUGUGUCUAAAUUGGAAGAGAUGACAGCAGAUCUAAAAAACUUGGUGAAAACAUUAUUUUGUGGUGUAAUAUCUAAUAAUGUUGUAUCAUUAGACUGUGAACAUGUAAGUAGAACGUUGGAAGAAUUUUACACUGUUCGUUGCCAAGUAGCUGACAUGAGAAAUCUCUAUGAAAGUUUAGAUGAAGUGACGGUUAAAGACACUCUAGAAGGAGAUAAUAUGUAUACAUGCUCUCAAUGUGGUAAAAAAGCUAGAGCAGAAAAAAGAGCAUGUUUUAAAAAAUUACCACACAUAUUAUGCUUUAAUACUAUGCGAUAUACUUUUAAUAUGGGCACUAUGUUGAAGGAGAAAGUAAAUACGCAUUUCAGUUUUCCAUUGAGGUUAGACAUGUCCGGAUAUGUUGAAAAGAAACUAAUGCCCCAACAUUAUCAAGAAGAAAAGAAAGCUUCAGAAAAAAAGAAAUCUGAAAGUGAUCAAACAAAGCUGGAUAAUAACGAUGACGAAGAUGAAAAAGAAUACUAUCAGUAUGACUUAAUAGGCGUAACUGUUCACACGGGUACUGCUGAUGGUGGACAUUAUUAUAGUUUCAUUAGAGAUCGCACAUGUCCUAACAAAGAUAAGUGGUUCUUAUUCAACGAUGCUGAAGUUAAACCAUUUGAUCCCAAUCAAAUAGCAGCAGAAUGUUUUGGGGGUGAAAUGACAAGUAAAACAUAUGACUCAGUUACAGAUAAAUUUAUGGAUUUCAGUUUUGAGAAAACAAACUCUGCUUAUAUGCUUUUCUACGAAUGGUGUGCUGAUCCUGGUGAUCAAGUAAAAGAAGAAGAAGCUACUGUUUCUAGUCCAAACGGACGACAAACUUCUACAUUGAUUCAAAAGACUACUAAAAAAUUACCACCGUUAGAGUUGAAUAAAGAACUUGAAGAUUGGAUAUGGCAAGAUAAUAUGCACUUUCUCCAAGAUAAAAAUAUAUUUGAACAUACUUACUUCACAUUCAUGUGGCAAAUAUGCGGAUACAUACCGCAAACGUUACUCUCUGUUCAGCCUGACAUAACAGAAAUGUCAGCUGAUUUGUCAACAUCAUUCUUUAUGGAAACUUUUAUUCACGCUAAAGAAAAACCGACUAUGGUGCAAUGGGUAGAACUGUUAACUAAACAGUUUAACAGUUCUGCUGGUGCAUGUGCUAGAUUUCUCGAAAGAAUGGCUAGUGACUCAUGGUGGCCAAUUCAAAUUCUAGUCAAAUGCCCGAAUCAAAUGGUAAGGCAAAUGUUCCAAAGGCUAUGCAUUCAUGUGAUACAACGAUUGCGCGCUACUCAAGCACCUUUGUAUCUUCUUUGUGAUGAGGAAAAUGACGUGAACACUGUUGGUACCCGUUCAUGUGUAACUAGAUUUGUGAGAAUGCUUUUAUCACUCAUGGAACAUGCAAAACAACAUUUGAAACAUCUUACAGAAUAUUUUAGUUUUUUAUAUGAAUUCAGCAAAAUGGGCGAGGAAGAAACGCUUUUCCUAAUCAGAGUGCAAGCCAUUUCAACUAUGGUAAAUUUUUAUCUUGGUCACAAGACACAUGAAUUUGUAGAUGCAGUUAGUGAAGAAGAAGAAGAGGAAGAAAUCGUUGCCAUGCCAACAGAAAAAUUAAGACCUGCUUCUUUAGACAAGAUGAUCACUUUGAUAGCAACAUUGGUCGAACGUAGUAGAGGACCCGAUCACAGACUAGCUUUGUCUCCAGCAGACCUCAGUGCUGUUGCUGGAGGUAAAGGAUUUCCAUUUCUUUAUCAACAAACGCGAGAUGUCAUUAACCUUAACCAAACAAGAAACUUAAUUCAAUCUUUGUGUCGUUGGAAUGACAGAUUAGCUAUACAUAUUGUAACAAUGAUAUUCCAAGCUAUAACGAAACAUACAGAUGUGUGCCAACCGUUCUUUAAGCUUCUAACACUAUUGACAGAAAGUUCAGGACCUAGUGGUUUACCUUGUAUGACUCAACUGAUUUUGGGCAGAGUAUGGGAAGCAGCCAGAGUUGCACCUCAUGGUGCAUUGGAGUGGUUAGCUUUGGCUGUGACAAGAAGCAAACUUGCACAUGCCUGGGUGCUGCAAGGGCUAGAUACAUGGUUACAACAUUUCUUAUUGGAACACUCAAAUCAAAGAGUUCGUUCAGCAGCUGCUUUUCUCCUUGUGUCUCUAGUUCCCUCGACUCACUUUAGGCAAGGCUAUCGCAGCGCUCACCGAUUAGGUUUAGGUUGCAAUACAUCUAGAGAAUUGCAACUAUCACCGGAAGCUACUUUAAUAUUGCAUCAAAUAUAUACAGCACUUUUAAGAUUACUACAACCGGCAAGACUCUAUAUCGAUAUACAGACCCAUGGUACAAUGAAACUCACUGCCUAUUUUGCAUUGCUCACCUAUUGUGUUGUUUCAAAGACAGAAAAAUUAAUGUUUGGACAAUAUCUAAAUGAUUUAUGGACACUGUUUCAUCCGAAACUUUCUGAGCCUAGCAUUCCAGUGCAUCACAAUAAACAAGCUGUAUUAUUAUUUUGGUACCACGUCUGUUCAGACUGUCCAGAAAAUGUUGCUCAUAUACUUCAUAAUCCACAUAUAACUAAAAAUAUUGCAUUUAAUUAUAUAUUGGCCGAUCAUGAGGAUCAGGAUGUAGUAUUAUUUAACAGAGUAAUGCUGCCUGCUUAUUAUGGUUUGUUACGACUUUGCUGUCAACAAUCGCGCACCUUUACAAGACAAUUAGCUGCACAUCAAAACAUUCAAUGGGCGUUCAAGAAUAUUACACCACAUCCUACUCAAUACUCAACCGCUGUAGAUGAACUGUUCAAAUUGAUGCAAUUAUUAGUAGCUAGGCAUCCGGAUCAAACAGAGCAAGAAGAAUCUGAAAUUGCAUCAUUCAGGAGAGGAACACUAUCUUCGUACUUACAAGGACUAGAUGGGCGGUCAUGUUGGGCUACACUCAUCUCUGCAUUCCGUAUUUUAAUCGAAACAGAUGACGACCGCUUGUACGUUGUGUACAAUGGAGGAUUAAGUAUGGCUCUGGAAGCAUUUCACAUGUUGCAUAUAAUGUAUCAUGAAGCAACAGCGUGUCAUGUAGCUGGCGAUCUAGCUGAAUUAAUUGCAAUUAUCGUCGAACUGGUACGAUGCAUCAGAACUGCUAGAGAAGGACCUGACGCAAGAAAUAUAUUAGCUAAUUGUAAAGAAUGGCCAGACAUUCUUCGGAAAUUGGCGACAUUAUUGAAUACGUACAAUCCACCGGACAUGAGAAAUCUUGCUAUAGAUCUUUUGAAGGAACUUGUGAUGCUUGUACCUGCUGAGGCUAUAUUAAUUUUAGCGCCAUUGCUCUCACACUGCCACGCAGCUCUUCAAGAGUCCCAUGCUGCUGUUCCACCUGGUCCAUAUCUUCCAAGAAGAUCUACUCCUCCAGGAAAAAUGCCUACUCGACCCGCCAGACCAAUGGUUCAAAUGGCCGUGCCGCAUUCUCAAUUGGAAGCAUCAAAAGGAGUGGACCCGGAAUAUGACAGUGCUUUGCUCGAGUUUUAUUUACCGUAUCAUGAACUUAUUGAUGUGAUGUGUAGAUUGGCAAUCAAUAACGAUUGUAUGACAGACACGUUAGUUAACUUAAGUGCUAUGUUAGGAUUCGAAGGUGUCCCAUUGCACUUAGCAUUGUUUCCUCGAUUGUGGUUAGAUGUUCAUGCGGCUACACACAUAGACAGAAAGCAUAUUGCAUCUCUUCUCUGUUCUUCUUAUACAGUGGACUAUGUUGAUGCUGUACUAUUGGAUGAGAGAUCAUCGUUAGGUGUACCAGCAAUACAUGCUUUUCUGAAAACCUUCUUUCCUAAGCUUGCUAACCAUGUGUUAACUGAACAGACUUGUUUACUUAUUGACAACUUAGUUAGUUCUAUGAUGGCAAUGGUUGAGGCAGUAGAUAUUCAAGCAUCUGCACAUAGAUUAACUGGGGACUUAAGAGCACUAGCUUUAGUCUACAGUAGCAGUUCGAGAUUGAAACCACCAGCUACCUUGUUACCAGCCUUGGAGACUCUGUUGACUCGAACCAGAGCCAUUAAAGUAAAAGAGUCCAAUCAACAGGAAAUAGAAGCACCCUCAAAAAAACGGAAGUUCACUGUGAACGAAGAUAGUGAAACUUCUGAUAAGGAAUUGCAUCUACCGAUUAAAGAACUUAAUGAACAGAAAAAUGUUUCUGACAUAGACACUGAAGAAAAGGAUAAAACAGAAGGGAAUGAUGUGGCUUCAUCUGAAUCUGGAGAUGACAAGACUAUAUCAAAACAUAAGAGCAACAGUCAAGUAGAAAAUAUUCCAACAAGCGUUAGUACAACAUCUCCAAGUUUAUUUGAUACAGUGACAGCCAAUAACUGUGCAAGCCAAUUAAGAUGUUCGUUGACCAAUGUCUCUUGGCUUGAAAUGCUGGAGAAGACCAUUGUUGACCUACAAAUGAUUGUGCAAUUGCAAACAAAGAACAACUAAUUCUGUAAAUGUUUCUGAAUGGUGCUUUAACAUAGAAGCAUACAACACAGGACUAAGUUCACGUGUAACCAUUACCGUUCUUCAAAAAUUACAGAACGAAAAUUGAGUUAUACGUCUUCUGAAUUUAGAAGAACAAAUUUUUAGUGUGUUUGUGUUCUAUAAAAAUGAGAUAAAUAUGUUUCUACGUAUGGAUUGAAUGCAAUUUAUUUUCCAAAUGUAGGUGCAUAAGAUACUUUCAUUGACUUAAAUUAUAUCAACCACGAAAAAAUGAAGAUAAAAGCAAAUCAUAAAACAGAACUAAAAAGUUUUUCAUAUUAUCUAGUAAAUGUUCGUUAGUGCUGUGAGAUCACUUGUCUCUUGGCAAUAUUUGGCAUAUGCUAUUUGAGUGUACGGUAUUAUAAGCCACUCAGUAUUUGUUAACAGGAAUUGCAAUAGCUUCGAGAUAGUUUAGGAGAUGCAAUUAAGUUUGUUAAAACUGUAAUCGUUUUAUAUAUGCUUAUCUUGGUUAAUGAAAGUUAUCACAGGUUUCUUUAAAAUUGCCGCAGUAACUUUACUAGUAUAAGUCGUAAUAUUUUCUCUAUAUUAUUACAAGCUAAUUAAAAACACUACAUUGGCUUGUCAUUGUACUAUACUUUCGAUAAUACUUUUGAAAAUUUUCAAUCAUGUAGUUCAUAAACGAAUUCUUUUAUCACUUAAAUCAUAGCACACGUUUUUUCAACUAAUUUACGUGUUAUAGCAUUAUGUCUUUAUUUAUUUUUCUCUCUUCUAAAUAAAUCGCCCAAAGGAACCUAGUAAAUUUACUUUCGACACGUGUGUCUAUUUUGGAACAUAUUUGUCUAUGUUUUGUACAACAUAUCAUGGUCCUUUUAAUACAUGAAAUUAUAUCUCGCAUAUAAUAGCGUCAGUCAAAGAAUCUAAUUUGUAUCACUAAUCAUUUUCGUUCUUAUUAAAAUUAUUCGAACAUUUUUCGCAUCGUAGUUACCGAGCUGCAAUUUUUAAUUACAACGAUUACAAAAAUAAAUUUAACGUUCAUAGCAUUAGCAUACUACCUCCUCGCUCUCUUUUGUAUAACGAUUAACAAUAAAGACAUCUCACAUCACAAAUGAACAGUGCUGAAAUUUUUGAAGGAUUCGCCAAAAAAUCUGAGUAUUGUAUGAAAAAAAUGAAAAUAUGUUCACACAGCAAAAAAAAAUACGAAACUGAAAACAUAUCCGUUCAGAUCCAGACAGUUUGACUAGUAGAAAGAAAAUGUAUACUUAUUGUAUUUUCGUUCGUUUUUUUACUAACUCGUUCUAUAAAUAAAUAACUUUGCCACUCUUUUUGACACUACGUUCGAGGAGACGUCAGUAUAAUUAAGCUUUAAAUGCUGACCGGUUUAAUAACAUAAUACUUUAUUCAUAAUACAGAUGCGUGCUAGAAUCUGAGUCAGCCUAGCUGCUCGGUGAUACAGUGUUUCGGGAUAAAUUCAUAUUUCGAGGAAUUUAUUACCCUAAUUAACAACCUAAUCAAUUACAUGCAACUUUUAAUAAGUGCGCUAGUUCCAUACACCCCAGCAAUGAACUUACUCAAAAACAUUGUGACCUAAUUGAAUAAGUUUCUCGAAAUGUUUCAACUCUGUAAUGGUCGAAAUAUUGUUUCACCUAUUUUUACGACCUAGUACGUUGUUCAAGGAAAGAUAUAUAAUUUAUUGUAUACGCUUGUAUACGUGAAUGUAUGCACAUAACGCGAAUAAUAACCCAGACGCACGUUCUCGUCAGAGUUGAGCUUAUUGUCAGAUAAUGGCACUAAAGUAUGGUAUCUCGUCCACAUUGAGAUUCAUAAAUUACUAUGAGUGUUUGCAAUUUCUAUACAAUAGUGGAACGACGUAUGUUUGCAACGCGAGAUUAGCAAAUAUUGUGAACUGAGAUUGUGCGGUAUACCUGUGCGAGAUAUUUGUUUCUCCGACAUAUUAAUGUUACUUAAUUACCUGAGAAGGGGAGGACACAAACUGAACAGAGUACUUGAAAGUAUGAAAAAAUACAGAAUAUUGUCAAAACAUUUGAUUUGUUCGAGUUUAUUUAAAAUUUAGAAAGAUUACUUUCUAUCAAUUUGUUUUUCAAUGUCGCAAAUUUUCUUCGUGGUCUUUUUAUCUACUUUUUGUAGGGUAUAGUUGAAAACGUUGAGAAAACUUACAGUAGCCUCCCCUUAUAAGAGAAACGUAUCUCAAGCAGUAUUUUGAGUCAUUUAACAUUGAAAAUAUUACGUCAUGGGAUAUGAAUUGACGGAUUUUUCAUCAUUCAUAACUUCAUCGCACAAAUAAUUGAUACAGUAUUGAAAAAUUUAUAUUUUUUCGUAUUAUGUUAAAGUUUAUAUAACUUUUCAUCAAUUACCAUUAUUAUUUUUUUCGGCUUUUGAAUGUUUAUCAUUUUUGCAGAAAUUUUAUGUAAUGGUGUUUACUAAAAAAGUGAUAUUUUUAUGCAAGUUCGAACUCUAACAUAAUGUGACCUAUGCCAUCCUCGAUAUCAACAGUUGGGCUGCGCUAUAUCCUAGUUCGAACCUGCAUAGAAAAAUCAAUCUUAUCCUAUUAGUUGAAAUUUUAGAGAACAUUGUAAACAUUCAAAAGCAAGAAAGAAACAAUAAUGAUAAUUGGUGAUAAAUUAUAAUACACUUUCAGGUAGUACGAUAAAGCAUACAGCUUUUUAAUACCGAAUCAAUAAUUUGUACAAUUGAGUUGUGAAUUAUUAGAAAUUUAACGUUUCAUAUUGCACGGACUAAUAAUUACAGAUUUUGGGAACAGCUUCUAACGACUGUUGUUACGUUAGCUAUCAUAACGUAAAUACGGCAAGUAUGAAAUAAAAAGAAAAAUGUUGACAAGAAUAUUGGCUUUAAGUUUUCUCGCGUAGACAGUUUGUUCGAGUGCGUGGAAUAGUGUAUUCAUUAUGAAGCUCGUUCUCUUGGUGUCUUAACAUCAUUCGUUAAUAAAUAUUACGAAAGCGAAACGAAACAUGUUCCAUAAGAAUCUACAAUAAACAAAGUUAAAUAUUUCGUAAUAUGCUUGAUCGAUAUCGCGUCAUAUUUCAAAUUGUAUUUCUAACAUUCGACGUAAAUUAUAUAUAUAUAAUUGUGAUGGAAAUACUGUGAUUAGCAAUCUUAGGUCUAUUUCUGCUAAUUUUCAAACUAAAUAUACGGAUAUGAUGAACGUAUCCGUACACGCACAUACAAUUACAAUGAAUUUUUCACGGAUUCAAAUAUUUUUAACCGUUACGUGUCGAUGAUGAUCAUUAAGUUCCAUGAAAUCAGAAGUAUAUGUAAUAGUGAUUGAAACUUCGAAAAUAAGUUUUAAUAAAAGAGGGAAAAUGGGAGAAGAAUGUGCGGGGAGACAUAAUAUGAUCGUAAUAAAGAUACAUACAUGCGAGAUGAGCAUUUACAUUUUACUUUUAAUUAUUAAAAAUGACAAAAUGUUUCAUACAACACAUUUCGAUAAUCUCCAUAUUUAUAAAUAAAAAACGAAACAAUACACGUGAUAGAACGCUUGAGCUUUCGAAAUAAUUGCAUUCGGAGGUGGUUAAGACUGUAUAAAAACAUUUUGGGCGUACUAUAAUACUUUUGUCAUUUUAUCAGCCUUCCGAAAAUGUCGGAAUCUACUUCGCCAGAUUUGUAUCUCCAGUAUGUGUUUACAUUUAUGUAUUCAUUUAUAUACUUAAGGUGUAUAGUUUUUGAUCGACGAUAAAUAAAUAAACACUUUUCAUUUUAAAAUUCUA